AUAUUUUCUCUUUUCACUUUAGUGAAAAUGUGCCCAAAGCAAAAAAAAAAGCAUGGAGGAAACUAAAAUGGCCUUACAUAAGAGUAGGAAAACACAUGACAAACCCAUUGAAAAUAAAACGCAGCCUCCUAUUUGUAGCCGAAGCCCAAAUCCAAAACCCAAGACGGAAGUCUCUCUCUUUUCUGUCGACUUCACCUCCGAAGACCCGACAGAAACGGAAGAGAAAAACAAAGAAAAAACGAAACGAAUGGCAAGUGAGGCGGCGGUGGAAGUUAACUCCCCAGCGGUGGUGGCGGCAGUGGGAGCGGAGGCAGUGGCAACAGGGGCAGAGAAACAGCCACAUAAGCUUGAAAGAAAGUGGACGUUUUGGUUUGAUAACCAAUCAAAGCCUAAACAAGGCACCACUUGGGGUACCACUCUACGCAAAGUUUACACCUUUGACACCGUUGAAGAAUUUUGGAGUUUGUAUGAUCAAAUAUUCAAGCCCAGCAAGUUGCCUGGAAAUGCUGAUUUCCACUUGUUUAAGGCUGGAAUUGAGCCUAAAUGGGAAGAUCCUGAGUGUGCUAAUGGAGGAAAGUGGUCUGUAACUAGCAACAGAAAGGCUAAUCUUGAUAACAUGUGGCUUGAAACUUUGAUGGCAUUGAUUGGGGAGCAAUUUGAUGAGGCGGAUGAGAUUUGUGGCGUAGUUGCUAGUGUACGCCAAAGGCAGGACAAACUUGCAUUGUGGACCAAGACAGCAACGAAUGAGGCUGCUCAGAUGGGCAUCGGGAGGAAGUGGAAGGAGAUCAUUGACGUUAAUGAUAAAAUUACUUAUAGCUUCCACGAUGACUCGAGAAGGGAAAGAUCAGCAAAAGUUCGAUACAAUGUUUGAAAUCUUUGCUAGGUAUUUUGUGGGGCUUGUACUCUCUAUUGCCAAAUUUUUGCAGCAUGUACUGUAAUUUGUUACCUAUUUUUAUGCUCUGUGCUGAGUACACUAGGUAAGUGAAAUAUUUUGCAUGCGAUUUUUUUUUAUAUUGUAAUUCCAUCAACAAUCAAGUUUUCAGAUAAUUUUGAUAUUCUACAUAGUGAGGAAUUUACUAUAUUCCAUGAAUACUUGAUUUCCUGUCUCAUGU